AUUAACUGAUUUACCAUGGCAACUAGAGCCGCGUACUUUUCCCUGUCGGAAGCACAAAUCCUCAUGGAGGCAUACGAGGAGGUAAAAGAUAUAAUUAAGAAGAAAGGCAACACCGCCACAGUGAUAAAGCAAAGAGAAAAAGCGUGGCAAAGUAUUGCAGACCGCCUGAAUGCAUUAAACAUGAACGGGCCAAAACGGACAUGGCAGCAGGUCAAAAUCAAAUACAAGAACAUUCUGCAGAAUGCAGUGAAAAAGAAUACCCACAGACAAGGCACGGGUGGUGGGUCACCAAAGGCUGACCUUACCCCAGCAGAGGACAUGGCCUUGGAGCUAAAUAAAGGCAGGCCCGUCUUAGAGGGGAUCCCUGGGGGGAAAGAGACGAGCAUAGGUUCCUCCCAAGAUGCCACCCGCUUCAUUCAAGUGUCUGGCAGCACUGUGUUCCUGUUAGAGCCACCAGCACAAGCACCAGACGAUGCUGAUCCAGGUGAAGGCCCCAGUGCAGCAGCAACAGCACAUGAUGGAGACGAUGAUGAUGAGGAGGAGACCAUCUCUCUGGAUUCCAGAAGGCAUGAGGACCCAGAUGCUAUACAGUGGGAAAACCAGCCUGGCAACAUAAGCUCACAAGCUAUCAGAAAGUUGUAUGGCAACCACCUCCGGCGCCAAAUAGAACUGGCAGACAUAGACAUUCAGUGCAAGAAGAAAAAGAUGGAAAAUCUUGCACUGGAGUCCGAAAUAAAAAAUAGGACAAUUAGGAAACUGGACCUUGAAAUAAAAAAACUUGAGAGGGAGGUGAGAUAUGCCUUCAAUGUACACUGUAUGCUAACUGUAACACAAAUGUAUUAAUCAUUAUUUGUAUUUCCUCCCCCAGCUCCAAGAAGAUGACACAGCUCAAAAUAAAAAUUAGGUAUAUUCUCGUAAAGUCAAGUGAGCCAUGACAUAUGAGCUCUUAUUGUGAGCACACAGGACGGUGGCAUCUUUCUAAGGUUUUUUUUAUUUUCCCAGCAAUCAGUACAACCAAGUCAUCGUUAUAAGGCAUCGCCCUCUUUUGCCCACCCCCCCAGCACCAGGUGUGGCCACUAGCCUAUAUGAAGGCCCAAAAUUGUGUGUUCCUUUCUGCUCUGACAAUGGCAUGCCCAUUUGUGCGAGAUGUGGUGGAUGAAGAAGCACUUGUGCUGAGGAGAGCCUUCAGGCGAGAAAGGGUCUUCAGGGACCGGUUGGACCCACUGGCCUUCCCUGACGACCAUCUAUAUGAAAGAUACAGGUUUUCUGCAGAUGGCAUCAGGUAUCUAUGCAGACUACUGGGUCCCAGGAUUAAGCACCGCACUGCACGGAGCCAUGCACUGAGUGUGGAGCAAAUGGUUUGUGUGGCCUUGCGCUUUUUUGCUAGUGGAGCCUUCCUGUACUCAGUGGGGGAUGCAGAACAGCUGAACAAGGCCACAAUUUGCCGCACAAUAAGGAGUGUGUGUCUGGCUAUCAAAGCAUUAGCAGAUGUCUUCAUCUCCUUCCCUGGCCACAGAAGACUCUGUGACAUCAAAGAGGAGUUCUAUAUGAUUGCAGAUGGUCUGCAAUGCUGACUGUGUGAUCAGCAAUGUUGUGGCAAAAUGGCCUGGCUCUGUCCAUGACUCCAGAAUCUUUCGGGCCUCUGAAAUCUAUCAGUGCCUAUCACAAGGUGAAUUCUCUGGUGUGUUGCUGGGAGACAGGGGGUAUGGCUGCCAGCCUUUUCUCCUGACACCUUUCACAGACCCCCAGGAAGCACAGCAGGCCUACAACCAUGCCCAUGCCAGGACCAGGGCCAGAGUUGAAAUGACCUUUGGCCUCCUGAAGGCACGCUUUCACUGCCUUCACAAAUUAAGGGUCAGCCCUGUUAGGGCAUGUGAUAUUACUGUGGCUUGUGCUGUCCUCCACAAUGUGGCCUGCCUGAGGAAGGAGAGGGCCCCCAGAGUGCCACCAGCCAUGGACUGGGACAAUCCGGCAAUCUUCCCUGAUGACGACAGUGGUCGGCUGCUGAGGGACCAAUAUGUGUUGAAUUAUUUUAGUUAGUAUGUGUGCUUUCAAUUUUGGUUAAAUAUGUCCUGCGGUGGCAGAGGAAUUUGGGUUUUUUUGGGUUCGUUUUUUUACGAAUUUGGCCUCUUAUGAUGUUUGUGCGGUAUACUGUGUGUAAUACAAGGCUGCAGGGAGGCUACUGCAUCCAUUCAUUUGUCUGUUCAGUUGAUGUGUAUGGAUUUGUCCUGCAUUUAUUUUAGUGUGCAGACAUGCAGGGUGUGUUAUAUACAGACCUUUGAAUGUGUAUGUAUCGUUUUGUAUAAUAUGCUUGGAUUCUGUGCUUUCCAUCUUGUAGAGUCACUGUGACUUCAGUUUCGAAAGGAGCUGAUGGUUUACCUGCUUUGUUUUGUCCUUAUUCAAUAAAGGAACAUAAUGUUACACAUUGUGUUUUUAUAUUCA